UGUCAUUUGCUUUACGAUUGUCGAUCGAAGUGAUUGGUGUGCUCUUGUUAGUUGUUGUUUUACUUGUUCGCAUAUCAGAGAAACUAUAGAACUGUAUAUAAAAACUAUAAACGCAUGAGACAAAUUUUAGACGAUUUAGUGUAGCAUACUUGGAACAUCAAAGGCAGCGUUAGACACCAGUUACGUUUUAUAUACAUACACACUCCGAGCCGAUUCAUUUUUUUUUGUGUAGAUUACGCACCCAUUGGUACAAUGAUUCCGGCAAUAACAUCGAAUGACAAAUUUCACAAUGUUAUUAUUAGUACAGGAAAUAUUCUUAACUUAAAUAACCAAUUAGGUGGAAAGUCAACUGAAGAAAUUCUGGAUGGUUUAAGUUUGACUUUACAGUGCCAAGCAGCGGCCUCGCAAGUGGAAUUGAUUGAAGCAGAUGGUUGUGUGCUCCGAGCCACAGAAGAGCUUAAGCAGAAGUUAACCGAAAACGACCGAUCAGAUAUUAGUAUUGGUGCAAAAAUAUUUUUAAACAAAAAUUCUAGUGCAUAUAUAAAGCAGGCGAUAAGAACAUUGUUGCAUGUACUUAAGGUCGAGCACGUGGACAACGUGGUGUUAGCGUAUCACCCGACAACUGGAGAUAACUCAUCAAACACCAACAGUAAAGAAGAUGUUCAAAGUAAUGAGAAAUCAGAUCAAUUGAAAGAACUUUGGUCGUCAUUGGAAGAGUUUGCUCAGCAAAAGAAAAUAACACAAUUGGGUAUUGCAGAUUUGGAUAUUGACCAACUGCGCCAAUUAUAUGCCACAGUCAAGGUUCAUCCAACCAUAGCGCAAAUUAAUUUGGAAUCGUGCUGUGUAGUGCCGCCAGCAUUACAAGAAUAUUGUACAAAACACGAUAUACAACUGUUGACACAUAGUGAUCCAGAAGUUUUGCUAUCUGAUGAACAAUUCAUUGUUCCCGGAUACCAAGUGGAUUGGACUUUACGUUAUCAAGUACAUGUCCGAUGUCGCGGUGUAAUAACUGCCAAAGGCUACAUACUUGGAGCCAGCAAAUGCGACCAAAUAGAAAAACAAGUUGCAGUUUGAACGCCAUUUUAUUUAGUUCAGAAGCUAUCAACGCGGGUGGAGGGCAAUUGCGCGUAAUUUGUGUGUGUGUUUGUGCUACUAAAGAGUGAGACUGGUUCAGCGAUCGUGACUAAAUUUGUGGGUCCAAAACUUUAUUGUGGUGAAUCCAAAUAUACUAUUUAUGAAAGUAGUAAAGGGAUUUGAUGGCCUUACUGGAUGCAGCAUGCUAAGCUUUUGUAUCACUGCAAAAAAUAGAUUAUCACACAUCCUAUAUGCAUAUGAAUUUAUAUAGACGAAGUAGUUUGCGCCCCAUAAAAAUAUACUUAUAUGUUAUAUAUGAUUAUUUACAUUUUAUAUUUUAUUGCUGCUACAUAUAAUUAAAGCAAUAUUGAGGCAUUGCAAAUAUACAUAUAAUAAACAUUAACACGUCUGAAAGACAAAUUCGAAAAGUAAAAGUUUACGAGUGUAUAUAAGCUACAAAAUAAAAAAUCAGAAAUACAAACUGAUAAUAUGUAAUAAAAUGUUGUAAAGAUUUAUUGUUUUACAUUUAAUAUUAACACACAACUGCUGACAUUUUCCUAAAUUAAGAAAAAAAAACACUUUUAUCAAAUUUGUGCAUUAAUUUUUGAAUAAUACAUUAAAUAAUAGAAAAUAAUUAAAAUAUGUUUUCGUAAUUCAUAAACAUAAAACUAUACAUGCAUAUAGACGUAUUUAUACUAAUAAAACUGAAAUAUGCAUUGUAAACUUAAAAUAAAGCCAUGAAAUAGGUAUAAUAUGAAAAACAAAACACCUGCAAGCUAUGGGUUUAUACAUACUUAUGUAUGUAGAAUUUUCUUGUAUUAAUGUAGUAAUGUAAUUGCACGAUUCGCUGCAAUUUCACAGUAAAUAUUUUUUUUUAGUUAAAAAUAAAUUAUAUGAAAAACAACGAA